AUGAUAUCGUCGUCUACAUGGGUACCUAGAGGCUUUGCUUCUGAGUUUCCUGAAAAAUAUGAAUUGGAUGAUGAAGAAAUGGCCAGAAUCAAUGAGAUGGCGAAUCUCGAAAUCUCCGACGCAAAGGAAGAAGUCGAAGAAGCACAAAAAUCUUCAUUAAAGGACCAAUUGGAAAUCGAUGAUGACUUGAAGGAGUACAAUUUGGAAACUUAUGACGAUGAAACUGAAGAUCUUGGAGCCGGUGAAAGUAUUUCGAUGUUUCCAGGAUUGGCAAGUACCGAUGCUAAAAUGCACGAAACCGGUGAAGGUGAAGAUGGGGAAACAGACGUUUAUUUAAGUCUUCCAACGGAGAUUGAUGAGCAAGAAGAAAAAAAGGAGAACCAAAUUUACCCUACAGAUAACUUAGUGCUAGCCACUAGAACAGAAGAUGACAUCUCUUGGUUGGAUAUCUAUAUCUAUGAUGAUGGUGCCGGUGCACCCGCAGGUGCAGAAGAAGAAGAGGAGGAUAAGAUGGAUGCAGAUGUUGCAAAGGGUUUAGUAAGAGAUUCGGCAUUAUAUGUUCACCAUGACAUCAUGUUACCUGCAUUUCCAUUAUGUGUUGAGUGGGUGAAUUACAAGAAAGGUGGUGACGAUGAUAAUGGAUCCAACAUUGGAAAUUUUGCCGCAGUAGGAACCUUUGACCCACAGAUUGAGUUGUGGGAUUUAGACUAUGUCGACAAAGCAUUCCCGGAUGUUAUUUUGGGAGAGAUGGAGACAAACAAGUCAAAGAAGAAGAAAAAGAAAAGCAAGUCAAAGGAACAUGUUUUGACACAUCACACAGAUGCCGUUUUAUCGCUAACCCACAAUAAGAUCCAUAGAUCGAUCUUGGCAUCGACAUCUGCAGACACCACAGUUAAGCUUUGGGACCUUAAUACCGCUACAGCCGCACGUUCCCUCGACAAAAUCCACAAUGGAAAAACCGUAUCGUCUUCUCAGUGGCAUCCUACAGAAGCUACCGUGUUAUUGACAGGUGGUUAUGACGGUAUGGCAGCAUUAACUGAUGUGAGGAUAUCAGACGAUGCGCAAAUGUCGAAAACUUACUCUGUUAACGGUGAAGAUGUUGAAAACGUUACUUGGAGUAGUAAUCCGGAAAUAUUCUAUGUUGGUACCGAUAAAGGAAAUGUCUAUUGUUUCGAUGCAAAGAAUGAUGGAAAACCUUUGUGGACAUUGCAUGCUCACGACGCAGGAAUUUCAUCACUUGACAUAAACAAGUAUGUGCCUGGGAUGUUGGUGACGAGUGCAAUGGGUGAAAAAACGGUGAAGCUUUGGAAGGCGCCAGAAUCCUCUCAAGGCGGUCCAUCCAUGGUGUUGUCUAGAGAUUUUGGAUUGGGCAAUGUGUUGACAACGUCGUACGCCCCCGAUAUUGAAGUUGCAGGCAAUCUCGUUGUUGGAGGUGUUACCGGUGGAUUGAAGAUGUGGGAUACCUUUUCAAAUAGAUCUGUCAAGAACGUGUUUAGAGAGGAAUUGCACAGCUUGCAGAAGCGUGCAAGAGACGAGGCUAAAGCAGCGGGACGCGCUUCAAGAAUUGCUAGAAAAUACAAGAAUGACGUCAAUGAUGUUAUCCUUGAAGUCGACGGAUCAAAAGAUGACUCGGAGUCGGAAGAUGAAGAUGCAAAUAUUGCUGAUAAUUAG